UCCCAAAACCGAGAUGUUCUUUCUCCCCAAGUAAACCCAAUUCUAAAACCCCCCCAAAAACCUCGAUCUCUCUCAAUAACAUAUACAAUGUGGUGCUCAAAGGAAAACUUGCCGUCCCCACAAACCAUCUUCUCGGUGGCCGCCUCCGUCAUGCUCCUCAAAAGCGUCUCAAACGACCUCGUCCCCGAUGCCGUCCACUCUUACGUCUCCUCCCGCCUUAAAAAGCUCUCCUGGCAACUCACCGUCAUCAUCGACGAGUUCGACGGCCUCACCCCUAACCAGAUGUUCGAGGCUGCCAACCUCUACUUGGGCACCGAGCUCUCCUCCAAAACGCAAAGAAUCAAGGUCAACAAACCCGAAAAGGAGAAGCAGCUGCAGGUCAAUAUAGACAGGAACCAAGAGCUCGUUGAUUACUUCAAUGGCGUCAAGUUCAAGUGGGUUAUGGUGACCGAAAAGCCAGCGGCGAACAAACGUGACCAGGGAUCACAGUCGGAGGUUCGACACUUCGAGAUCAGCUUCCAUAAGAAGCAUAGGGACAUGGUGCUCAGCUCUUACCUGCCCUAUGUCUUGAAGAAGCAUGGAGAAAUCAAGGAGGAGAGAAAGAUGGUGAAGCUUCAUACCAUUGAUUACAAUGGCACUGACUAUUGGGGAUCCAUUAACCUUGAUCACCCUGCGAGUUUUGACACCAUGGCAAUGGAACCGGAGAUGAAGAAGACAUUAAUUGAGGACCUAGAUAAGUUUAGGGAGAGGAAGGAGUAUUAUAAGAGAGUAGGCAAGGCUUGGAAACGUGGGUAUUUGCUGUACGGACCACCCGGCACUGGAAAAUCAAGCUUGGUUGCAGCCAUGGCUAAUUAUCUCAAGUUUGAUAUUUUUGACUUGGAUCUGAAGGAGGUUCAAUGCAAUUCUGAUCUGAGAAGGUUGCUGAUCGGCACCAAAAGCAGAUCGAUAUUGGUGAUCGAGGAUAUUGAUUGCUCGGUUGAGUUGCAGAACAGAGACUCUGAUCAGAAUGAACCCAAAACUGUGAGCCUCUCUGGUCUACUGAACUUCAUUGAUGGAUUGUGGUCAAGCUGUGGAGAGGAGAGAAUCAUUGUGUUCACAACAAAUCACAAGGACCGGCUUGAUCAGGCCUUGCUCCGCCCUGGUCGGAUGGACCUGCACCUGCACAUGUCCUACUGCACCUUCAGUGGCUUCAAGACAUUAGCAUACAAUUACUUGCAGAUUAAAGAGCACCCGCUUUUUACAGAGAUUGAAGACUUAAUAAAUCACAAGGAAGCUACACCUGCUGAAGUUGCAGGGGAGCUAAUGAAGAGUGAUGAUGCUGAAGUCUCCCUUCAAGGUCUUACCAAAUUCCUCCAAAGCAAGUAG